GCAGAAAGGCUAAUUGAACGUAUCAAAUUUCGGCCCAGACCAACAAUGUAAACAGAUUCGCUUCACUGGUUUUGAGGCUAAACAGACGUUGUUUUUUAAAUCUCACUGCUGUGCGGGUGCCACAGAUCCUUUAGUAUUUAUUUCCUCGACUUUCCGAUGUUUUUUGACGUUGUACGAGUCAGAAAAUAACGAGGAUAAAAAGCGAAAUAUCACGUGAGUCGAGUCGAAUUUAGUAGUACUAAUGGCAGAACACUAUGUCACAAUCGAUGACCUUUUCUUGCCUGUUUUAUUUCUUGUGUUUAUCUCGGGUCUGACCAGCGUGUUUGCGGCGAAUUACUACUUAAAACCAUCGAAAACUACCGCCGCAAAAUGGAGUAUAUGGUGUUUAUAUCUUCUAUCGUCAGUGUCCUUUCUUGGACAGUUAAGAAAAACUUGGAUGAGGGAUUUCCUACAUCAGUUUGAAUUGGUGACAGAACCUGUGCUUUGGCAAAGACGGUUGGCCGACUUUAUAUUAGCACACAAGCUGACACUCGAUACGACUGAAAAUUAUUGGAUAACUUCACAAUUGCUGCUGUUUACCCUCUCGUUCGUCGUGUUUAUCAACAUGUACAGCAAAGAUAUGGAUCUGAAAUUACACCACAUCUUUGGUUACAUAGCGCUUGGACUUACCAGUUCUUUUGGUGGUGUUUUGGCAUUGGUCCUAGUACAUUUCUGCCAGGCAACUUCAGCGACCCCAUUUGUAGCUAAAGUUACUACGGGUCGAUUUUAUUUACAAGUACUUUCAACCGUUCUUGGUUGUGCCAUUGUUGUAUACCUUUACAAUGCAUCAUUAGUUCAAGUGAACACAAUCAUGGUGCUAUUUUUGGCUACAACAUUUCUUCUACCUUUUGCAAACUUUUCAAUUCAAGGGAUCAAACCCAUUUACACUACAAGUACUUCAAUUUUUUUCUUCCUUAUUUUUCUUGGUGCUUUCAUCACCCUCCAUCAUAUCAUUGCAACAUUUAUGGUGGCACAUGAAUGGUUAAACUUCAAGAUGUUCAGCCUGGUAGCAUUUGGUGCCCCAUAUCAGUUGGCCAUUUCUGUUGAUCUUAUCUGUUGCACAAUAAUUGUAUCAACAUUUGUAAUACUAGAGCUCUUUGCAUUGAAAACUCUGCAGUUGAAAUUUAAGAAUUCAGGCCGAUAUGUCUUCAAGCUUUUGCUAUUAUUUUUCACAUGUCCAGUUAUUUUAAUUUUAACAUUUAUUAUCUCGCCAGGAGCAAUGCUAUCAUUGUUUCUUGCAUACAGAGAAAAGGUUGUGCCCUAGUCUUCAGAAUUUGCCAAGGCUGCAGGGCAAAAUGUCUGAGAUUAAAUGAAUCAAAUUGAAAUUUAUACUUAUGCUGAAAAAGUACUCAGGCAAUAGAUAACACUAGAGUAGUGAUAACUAAAUGUAGAAAAUGCUUGCUUUGUUCAAAACACAAAU